UACAUUGUACCUAACCCUUCCCCCUUCCCCCCCUAACCUCAGAGGCCUCCUCAACCUCUGCUGUACGAGCUCUCAUUUUCAUUCAUUUAUUCUCUGCUAUAGUAAAGAAUGAUAGCGUCAGCCAUGGUUGAACUCAAGCAACAGACCAUGUGUGGAAUCAAGUCCCCUGCAAAAAGAAAGGGGCAUGGCUUCACCAGAAAGUGUGCUUCCUUAGUGAAGGAACAACGUGCCCGUAUAUAUAUCCUUCGACGCUGUGCCACCAUUCUUCUUUGCUGGUAUAUCCAUGGAGAUGAAUAAUAGCCUAUUCUUCCCCAAUUUCAUCUUCUAAUAAAUCUCUCUUUCCCCAUUUCCCUUUUAUCCUAUAAUAUAUUACUUCUUCUCCUUCAUUAGGCUUCGUUUUUUGUGCUGGUCCGGUUUGGUUUUGUAGGCAAUGGCGUGGUUAAUAUACUUCCUCCUAGGAUGCCUUUUAUUUUUUACCCUAUUAGGAAAAUCCCCUGGGUUUUGGGGCAUAGGAAAGCUUUGUAACUGCGCUCUUGCUUUUUCACCAUCUAGUCAUCUUAUCAUGCGUGGAUAAACACUGACGGAGCUGAUAUGAGGGGUUGUAUCUUAUAAGAAAUGUUGUCCGGCAGCUGGUGCUGUUGUCAAGCUGUUGCUCUAAGGGUUAUCUGUAACUUUUGUAUGUCUUCCCCCUUUUUCUUUCUUUGGGAGCAACAUGAAGAAAAUGUUUUUAAUCCCAAGAAAAUGAAGGGAACACUUGACAUGUUGUAAUAUCAUAGUUGUCCUCAUGGUUAUAUAUACAUAUGGUCAUAUACGUUGACUGCAAAUUAAAUGUAGGAAAACACCACAUCACUGCAUGAUCCAAGUAUUUUUCGCUUUUGAUGAAAUCCAUCAAAAUAGUGAUUUUC